AUGGAAUUGACAACUUCCGGUUGUCGGUCACCGUCGAAGAAGAGAAGCGCGAAACCUCCUACGACUAUCGAGUUCCUCGAUCGCGACAUCCUUUGUACAAUCUUCUCAUCUCUCGGACUCUUCGACCUUGUUCGAUGCUCUCUCGUUUGCAAGACCUGGAAUGCGAUAAUUAGUAGAUGUAAGCUACUGCAAGCACUGUAUUACAAGCUGCAGAAUGAUUCACGUGGCUUUUCCAAUACUUCGAGUUCUUCAAUGAGGAUGUAUCUGGAGGAGCUUGCUAUGAACCAUCAUAGGUUGUCUUUGGUCAAAGGACGCAUUGACAUCAAUCAAUGGAACGGCCAUUCAUCCCCGGUUGAUCAGUGCCGUAUGAAGAGAGGCUUGAUUCUUACUGGUGUAGGUGAUCAGGUUAUGCGUCUCUGGUCAUUAGAAAGCUACAAAUGUGUGGAAGAGUAUUCCAUUCCGGGUAGAGUCUCGCUGGUCGACUUUGAUUUUGACGAGAGCAAGAUUGUUGGGUUGGUUGGCACUCGUAUAUGCAUAUGGAGGCGUAAUGGCACAAUGAGUGUAUUUCCCUCACGUGAAGGAACAUUCAUGAAGGGUUUAUGUAUGCGUUACUUUGAUCCAGAGGCUGUCGUUGGAUGUGAAGAUGGAACUGCCCGUGUGUUUGACAUGUAUAGUAGGAAAUGUUCUCGUAUCAUUAGGAUGCAUGCUGCACCUGUAACAUGCUUGUCUUUGAGUGAGGAUCAGUUAAUUAUUAGCGGAUCCUCCAAUGGCAGUAUCACUAUUUCUGGUCUCUCAUCUGAUCAGCCGGUAGCUAAACUAAGAUCAGCCUAUUCGACAGGUUGUAUUAAGACCUUGUGUUACAAUCCACGUUCUCAUCAAGUGUUUGCUGGAACUACUGCUGGAUACGUGGCUUGCUGGGAGCUUAGGACAAUGAAACCUUUAUGGGGGGCUCGAGUAAGUCCAAAUGUUAUUUACACUUUGCAACACCUACAACAUGAUGCAUCAACAAUAGUAGUUGGUGGAAUAGAUGGUGUACGUGUGCUGGAUCAGAAUACCGGAGAGGUUCUCUCAAGCUGUGUCACAGACAUUAGCGCAGUAUCAAGUUCCUCCGAAAACGCGUCUCCAGCAGUUGAAAGAAAGAAAGGAGCAAGACUCUCAGAAGGUACCCGUAUCGACAGAAUUCCCAGAAGCACUCGACCUCCCAUCACAUGUUUGGCUGUUGGGAUGAAAAAAGUUGUCACCACGCACCAUGACAAGUACAUUAGACUCUGGAAGUUCGACUUGUGA